AUUUAAGCACAGUCUAUACCAAGUUAAAAAACUGCUGAGUAAUUUAAAUACUGGGAAUGGUUAUUACCAAGGACAAAGUGCAGCUGGCUCCCCCUGUGCCUAUAGGCAGCAUGUGAAUGAUGUAACUUUUUGUUUUUAGCCAAUGGCCAGCAUUGUGCUUAUCAAGCGACAGCAGAUAAAAUAAAAAACUGUCACAGGAGGAAAAAGUGAGAUAGGACUGCAGGCUAUUCACUCAGAUUUAGUCAAAAUGAAGAAAAAAUCUACAAACUUGCGUGUACGGCUUCCUGCUCUAAUUUGUACGCUGGAGGUGUUGAUUGUGGUCCUUUACGCUCUCUUUGUUACUUAUGAUGAUCAUGCGAAUGCUGUUCUACAGAACAACGAGACAAAGCCAAUAGAGAACUCAUUAUAUCAGAACUAUCCAUUUUUUGCUGAUAUUCAGGUGAUGAUAUUUCUUGGAUUUGGCUGCCUUCUGGCCUUUUUCCGGCGAUAUGGGUUUGGUGGCAUGGCCUUUAAUUUCCUCACUGCCACAUUCACAAUUCAAUGGGCCAUUCUGGUCCAGGGCUUCUUUCAGUUUUAUUAUGAUGGGAAGAUUCACCUCGGUGUGCUGAAUCUGAUCAAUGCUGAGUUUGCCUGUGCUGUUGUACUGAUCUCUUUUGGAGCAGUUUUGGGGAAGACCAGCCCUGUGCAGCUCCUGGUCAUGGCCUUGCUUGAGAUCCCUGUGUUUGCCAUCACAGAGUGGGUUGUAUUGAAAUACUUGAGGAUCAAUGAUGCUGGUGGCUCUAUCCUCAUCCACCUGUUUGCCUGCUACUUUGGACUGGGUGUCACCUUCGUCCUGUACAGACCUAGCCUAAAUGAGGGACAUCCAAAAGAGGCAACAAGUUACCAGUCAGAUCUGUUAUCUGUGUUGGGAACACUGUUCCUCUGGGUGUUCUGGCCCUCUUUCAACUCAGCACUGACCUUUAAGGGUGAUGACCAGCACCGAGCUGUUCUUCACACGUUCAUAGGUCUCAGUGCCUCCACAAUCACUGCCUUUGCCCUGUCCACCAUGCUCAGCAAAAAUGGUAAGAUCAGCAUGGCUGAUGUGCAGAAUGUAACGUUGGCCGGUGGAGUAACUGUCGGUGCCUCGGUGGACAUGAUGAUUUCCCCGGCUGCUGCUUACAUACUGGGGAUCCUGGGAUGCAUAGCCUGCAUGCUGGGGUACAAAUACCUGAGCCCCUUUCUGGCACGGCGGUUGAGGCUGCAGGAUCAGUGUGGCAUACACAACCUGCAUGGCUUAACGGGACUCAUUUCCAGCCUAGCUGGAAUCUGUGCCAUCCUCCUGGCAAGUGAGGAAACCUACGGCCCCAGUCUCUACCAGACCUUCUCUCAUCGGGCACCCCCGGAGGGAGACCCUCAGCUCCUAGAGCUGCAGAAAAUGAUCCCAGAUUUGGAGGCAGGUUUGGGUCGGAGUGCACGGGAACAGGCUCUCUUUCAGGUGGCGGCAGUGUUUGGGACCAUUGCUGUGGCAGCAGUGGGGGGUUUGCUGACAGGUGUUGUCCUCAAGCUACCGUACCUUGCUUCCCCAACUGAUGAGAACUGCUUUGAUGAUGAGCUCUUCUUUGAUGUUCCUCCAGAUUACACUUGUGUACUCAAUACACCCGAUCUGGGGCCCUAUGUCAUCAAAGACACAAACAAAACUGAUGCUAAGGAAUGAUGCAUAACAGGGGACUGAUGUUUGACAAGACUGUUAAACAAGAGGAAAAAACCUGAAAGUUGGAUCAGGACACUCAUAAAACACUGUGGACUUUUCACAUGCUUUGAGUACUGUAGAUUUUGUAAUUACAUUUAUCCAUUAUAAACUUAUUAUACAGUAAUUUCAAUAUUUGGUGGGUCCAGGUUCAAAUAUUUAGUUUUUAAGAAAUCACAACUUGUUAACAUAUGUUUUAUGAAUUAUAAAAAUAAAUUAUAUUACAUUGUUUAAACAUUUUUUUAAUAUUGAACACAGCCAAUGUGACAGGAGCCAAUAUUGUACAUUGAGUAAAGUGUGCAACUCUUCACUGAAGAGAAAUAAAAUAUGAAAAAGAAUCAAGAAAAUAAUUAAAAUAUGAACUACAUUAUAUUUUAUUUACUGGUGUGUUAUCUACACGUAAGUAAUACGUUAACAGAUGCAAUAACAUGUGUUGACUUUGUUAGAGACAAUAAUGAUUUAAUUUGAUUGUAUUGCAUGACCUGUCCCCUCAUUUCAUUCAUCCUUCUAUAUACUGUAGAUAGACAUACUGUAUAUGCACACUUGUGUAUAAUAUACAGCCCUGUCUUGAAUAUUAUAAAACUUAGCUGCAAUUACAUGCAGUAAUACGAUGUGAUAACCUUUUGUAAUGUUAGGGUAGGUUAAUCACAGUACAUCUGUGAGAUGUGUUUCUGUUUAUGACUUGUCAAUUAGCUGAUGCUAUUCCCCCCACAUAUUGACUUAAAGUUGGGGGACCAUAGGCAAUAUUUUCAGGAUAUGCUCAGUAUUCAUAUAUUUCAUCUGAUGUCUGAAGAUUUUUUUGAUGUCCAUUAAACUAUAUUUGUAUAUCUUAUCUCUGGGGUGUUGAUUAAAAGUUAACAUGAAUGAUCAGGUGUAAAAGUUAACUGGUAGCUGCCAUACAAGAUUGUAUUUUGGCUGUGCAGUUUGGGCAAUUUGAACAAAAGUUAUGAGAAUGGAAUGUCUUUUUAAUUUCAUUAAUCUUGAAAUCAUUUAUUGAACAUUAUUUCAUUAAAUUAUUUGUUUGAAGAACCAUUUGCACUUGACUUUUUAGCUGAUCAAUAUAUUUUAAA